AUGAUUUUGGACCUUAGUGGACAGUCGCUGUACUCCCUGUGGGAUUCGGCAGUUGCCAAGAGCAUGGACGGAGUUGGACUCUCGUUCGGCGAUGUCAGAGAACUACAUGUGCAGAUGUGUGGGCUCAAAUCACUUGAAGGGCUGGAGAGAUUUGUAAAUCUCCGGGUGUUAGACGCGAGCAACAACAAUAUCAACGCGUUCAAGCCGCUAUGGAAAAUGGGCAGCCUGCGCACCGUCAAGCUCAGGAGCAACCGUUUCAAGACUGUGUGCCUGCGGAAAGCGGGAGAGGCGACUGUGCUGGCGACGGCUGACGAAGUUGAUUACCCUAUAACCGUCGUGAAUACCGCGGAGUAUAGCCUCCUGGAUUUGGAGGCAAACGACAUCACCUGCGUGCUGGCAGAGCCUGACACAGCGGCCACUGUGGAAUGUUUGCUGUUGGCAAACAACCGAAUCUCCGAAAUUUCGGGGUUGUCGGCUUUCUCGGGAAUCACUCUGCUCGACCUGACGGGAAACGUCAGCGUAGAUGCGGAGGCGAUUUUGCGUAUCCCGUUCGGGAGCGGGCCGCGGAUUUUCCUACAAGAAUGCCAUAUCACUAAUGAACAUCGUCUCAUGGAUCUGGUGGAACAGGAUAAAGAGGCGGAACUUGUUGUACCGGGGCAUAUCACACUCAACCACCCCCGGGUUGUUAAGGUCGGACCCAUCGACCUCGGGAAACUGUUGCAGAAGGAGUUCGUGGAAUACGAAUCGGAGUUUGCAGAUUUCAGGUUCGCUGGAGAUCAACUGCCCAGGGAACUCAAAACGCCUAGGGAUUACUCGGAUAUACGCUUGGACGCCGCGCAUUUCGUAGUACGCACCCACUGCCCUAGGCAGCACAUCGAAACAAUCACGACCAUGGUGGACCUCAGCGAAGCCGACAAACAUGGUUUCAAGGGACGCGCAGACACCGCGGUGUCGUCGACACUGGGAAGCGGAAGCGAGACGAACUCACCGCUAUCCAUCAACGCGUUAGACACCUCGACCGACCAGGAUGACGACACACACUCACCCAAGUCAUUCAUUCGCGGCAAAGCAUACCCUGUCGACGACAAUCAACACAUCUCUAUGGUUAGAGGCGGUCGUAGAGUUAUCGAGGCUGCGUGGGCGGAAAGGAUUGAACGCGACCUCUCCUCUCACUUUGCCAUGCCCGACACCAUUGUAAGGCCGACCGACUCGGCGGCCUGA